AUGCAGCCAUUUCCAUGGAGUGGAGUGUUGAAUGGGACAAAUUAUAUUCAAUACAAUGAGAUAAACUAUAGUUAUGGGCGGAUUGUUGGGAGAAAGAAGAGAAGUAAACGGAGGUUUCUUCCUCCUAGGUUGAAGUCGGCGAGGCAGUAUCCGAUUCCCAUGCAUAGCCAACAAGUUCGGGUCAAAAAAUCAGAUGCUGAGAAGACCAAAGCUAGUUCAGAUCAUUUUCAUGUAACUGCUGAGGAACAACCAAAACUCCAUGGAAAUACUUCAGUCAUGAUCAAAAACAUCCCCAAUAGCUUCCAGAGGAUUGAUUUGCAAAGGAAACUGGAUGAUCACUGUCGAACUGAAAAUACGAAAGCUCAGCCAGGGUCUUAUUUCUGCAAAUCUGCAUAUGAUUUCCUUUAUCUGCAAAUGGAUUUUGGGUUUCACUUGAAUCUGGGAUUUGCUUUUGUCAAUUUCACGAGUCCCAUUGCUGCAUCAAGAUUUUAUAGAGCCUGGAACAACCGAGAAUGGAGGUGUGGUGAUAGCAGAAAGAAAGUUUGUGAAAUUGAUGUUGCAAAAUUCCAGGGAAAAGAUGAAUUGAAAGAGAAGUUACAGGACUCAGUGUUCAGGUGUCAUACAAACGAGUACUUGCCGGUGGUUUAUUCCCCGGCACGAGAUGGUUUCAACAACUCCGGACCAAGGCUCGUUGGCAGACAAUCACACGACGAGACCACUACAUCAAAGGAUGAUGAUAAGGUCAUGAUCAUGGCCCGAAGGAAGAACAGAAAACAAGUCUGA